AUGGUCUUCGAUACAAUUCUCUACGAUUUACUUGAAGUCGAGCCGAAUGCGACACAACAAGAUAUUUCAAAAGCUGUCAAAAGAAAAUCAUUGGAACAUCAUCCAGACCGUGGUGGAAAUCACGAAAUGAUGCAAAAAGUCAAUGCAGCAAGACAGAUAUUGACCGAUCCAGAAAAACGAGAAUUGUACGAUCGAAUCGGAUGGGAAAAAAUGCAAUCACAUAUUGACGACAGUGACUUUCCGAUUCCAGGAUUUGCUGAAAAUCUUUUUGAUAUAUUCAAACAGAAAAAAGAGAGCUAUAUUAAACAUUCAUUAAAAGUAUCUCUCGAAGAAUUGUAUUCGGGUGGUACACGAACAGUGUCCAUUGAUCGCAAUAUUGUUUGUGUCGAAUGUAAUGGAACUGGUUGUCGUGAUGGGGUCCCAAGCGUAUGUAACAAUUGUAAAGGAACAGGAGUUGAAACACUAAUUCAUGAAAUGGGUCCAAUGAUUCAACACAUACGAUGCGCAUGUUCGUUGUGUAAUGGUGAUGGUCAAAUCAUUCAUCCGGAAAAUCGCUGCAAAACUUGUGAUGGCAAAAAACUAUGUCAACAGAAGAAGGAAUUGGAUGUACAUAUUGCACAUGGAAGUCAACAUAGAGAAGCGAUCAAAUUUAUUGGUGAAGGAAAUCAAACUCCAAAUGGUGAAACCGGUACAGUAUAUGUUAUUCUCGAACAAGAACCACAUGCAACUUUUACUCGAAAAGAUGAUGAUUUAAUAAUGAAUAUGGAAAUCAAUCUUACUGAAUCAUUGUGUGGAUUUCAACGUACAAUUACACUAUUGGAUGGGCACAAUAUUCUUAUCAAUCAUCCUCAUGGCAAACCAAUUGUGCCCGAUAGUUAUCGUUGUUUAAAAGGUUAUGGUAUGCCAAACAGACAUACACACACAAAUGGUGAUGUAAUUAUUCAUUUUAAUGUAAAAUUUCCCGAAGAGAAUUUUAUUCAAACUGAAAAUCAAUUGAAACAAUUGGAAGAAAUUCUUCCGCCAAGAAUGGGUAUGAAAUUGGAAAGUGCAGAACAUUAUGAAGAAGUCAAAAUGAUGGAAUAUGAUUCGUUUGAAGAGAACUCUCAUCAUGGUGAUCCGGACUUCGAUGGAGAACCAACUGGUGUUCAAUGUGCAACACAAUAG